AGUGAAUCAACACAAUGAAUCCAGUUCUGAAGAAUCGAGUCAGUAAGAAGUGAGUCGUGAAGCCGAUCACCACUGCGCAUGCGCAAAGAGGCGGAUUUUCUGGCUUUUUCUGCCUCCACAGAGCUCAACUCUCCUCAGUGUUUUUACGCAUCCCGAGCGCGCGCGAGUGUCAGUGAGUCUGAGAACAGAAAUGGCAGUAGGUGCAUGUUUCCGGUGUGAGUGUUGCGGGCGCUGUGUGUGGAGAGGAGCGACAUGACCGGGAGCAGCAGCAGCAGCGGGAGCAGCAGCGGGAGCAGCAGCAGCAGCGGGAGCGGGAGCAGCGGCGGGAGCAGCCGCGGCUCAGCAGCAGAGAGGCGGCCGCUCUUCCUCUCCGCGCUGCUCGCUUACAGCGCGCUGCUGGCCGCGUGCGCGCUCUGCUACUCCAACUCGCUAUGGGGGGAGUUCGUGCACGACGACGUGUGGGCCAUCGUGAACAACCCGGACGUGAGGCCCGGCUCCAGCCUGCGCAGCAUCUUCACCAACGACUUCUGGGGCAAAAGGAUGGCCGACAACACGAGCCACAAGUCUUACCGUCCGCUCUGCGUGCUCACCUUCAAGUUGAACAUUGUGCUAGGUGGGAUGACUCCGUUUCAUUUCCACGUGGUGAACGUGUGUCUGCACUGCGCCGUCACUGCCCUUCUGAUGCACACGUGCAAACACUACGUGUUCAAGGACGGACGCCUGGCCUUCCUCACUGCGCUCCUCUUCGCCGUCCAUCCUAUCCACACUGAAGCAGUGUCAGGAAUUGUCGGGAGAGCAGACGUCCUGGCCUGUGUGUUGUUCCUUUUAGCCUUUCUCUCCUAUAUUAGGAGUGUGUCAGCGUGCAGCGUGUCUGACUCCUUCCCCUCCACGGCGUCUCCGUGCUCUCUGGCUCUCUGUCUGUUCCUGGGCACCAGUGCCAUGCUGGUCAAAGAGACGGGCAUCACCGUGUUCGGAGUGUGUGUGCUGUACGACGGCCUGGUGCUCUGCCGCAAGCCUCUCUUCUCGCAUCUGUCUCGGUCCAGGCUGAAGGAGCUUAUCCGAAUCUCUCGGCCCUUCAUCAAACGAACAUGUGUAGUCUCGGUGUAUGUGCUGUUCAUCCUCUGUGCUCGCCUGUGGCUCAUGGGAGGUUCCAUGCCUCUAUUCUCUGAGCAGGACAAUCCAGCUUCUUUCUCACCUUUCCUCCUCACCAGGUUCCUCACUUACUGCUAUCUCCUGGCCUUUAAUGCCUGGCUGCUACUGGCUCCUAUAGUGCUGUGCUAUGAUUGGCAGGUGGGCAGCAUACCUUUAGUGGAGUCCCUCUGGGACUCACGCAACAUGGCUGCUGUGAUGCUGGCUCUGGGAAUGCUCGCUCUCUCCCUGCACUGUUGUACAUCACUACAGAAGAUGGAGGGCAGGGAGGUGCUGGUGGGAAUACUGUUCCUGGUCUUCCCUUUUAUCCCUGCCACUAAUCUGUUCUUCCGCGUGGGAUUUGUGGUGGCUGAGAGAGUCCUCUACAUGCCCAGUAUGGGUUACUGCAUUCUGGUGGUGCAUGGGCUGAACCGGCUGUGUGCCGUGUUGAGUCGUUGGGGUGCAGCGGCGCUCACCGUCUCCAUGCUGCUGCUGCUCCUCCUCUUCUCCUGGAAAACUGUGCAGCAGAACGAGAUCUGGCUCUCCCGAGAAGCCCUCUUCAGGUCCGGUAUUCAAACAUUACCUCACAAUGCAAAAGUUCACUACAACUACGCCAACUUCCUGAAAGACAAAGGACAAAACCAGGCAGCUAUUCACCACUAUAAAACAGCCCUCAGGCUGUACCCUCGGCAUGCCAGUGCCAUGAACAACCUGGGCACACUGACUCACGACACAAAGGAGGCGGAGCUCUACUACAGAAAAGCGCUUGACAUUAACCCCCAACACAACCGUGCUCUCUUCAACCUGGGCAACCUUCUCAAGUCCCAGGGGAAGGAGGAAAAAGCUGAGCACAUGCUACAGGAAUCGAUUCGCUUUGGGCCACAGUUUGCUGACGCCUACUCCAGCUUAGCCUCCCUCUACGCUGACCAGAAGCGGUUUGCAGAAGCGAAUGAGAUUUACAAAAAGGGCAUUGAGAAUUGUCCAGACAGUUCGGACCUCCAUAACAACUACGGCGUGUUCCUAGUGGACACGGGUGAUAGCGAGCGAGCGGCAGUUCACUACCAGCAUGCCGUGCAGCUGAAGCCCUCUCACUACGUUGCCAUGGUGAAUCUGGCCCGUCUGCUGCGCUCCUCUAACGGCAGCAAAGAGGCGGAGAUCUGGUAUAAACGGGCGCUGCAGGUGGUGCGUAAGGUGGAUAUCCUGACUCCUCUGGGAGCGCUGUACUAUAACACGGGCCGCUAUGAGGAGGCUCUGCAGCUGUACCGAGAGGCCGCGUCACUGCAGCCGGACAACCAGGACGUCUGGCUGGCUCUGGCUCAGGUGUUGGCGAUGGCAGGCCGCGCAAAAGAAGCUGAGAAGAUGACUCUGGGCAUCAUUUCGAAAAGCAGCAGCUGUAUAGAGUGUUACCGCCUGCUGUCUGCUAUCUACAGCAAGCAGGGAAACCACACUGAGGCAUUGGACGCUUUAGAUAGAGCGCUCCAGCAGGAGCCGAUGGACCCCGCAGUGAAAGCGGAGCUUCACUUCUCCAUGGGCAACCAGCUCCGGGAGAUGAAUGAGCUAGACAGAGCCUUUGAGAGCUACAAACUCGCUGUUGCACUCAAGCCUGACCAAUCACAAGCUUGGAUGAACAUGGGGGGAAUACAGCAUAUAAAGGGAGACUAUGUAGCAGCAAGAACAUACUACCAAAGAGCUCUCCUGCUCUCUCCUGGCUCCAAGCUGCUUAAGGAGAACCUGGCCAAGCUGGACAGACUGGAGAAGAAACUGCAGGGAGGAUAAAGGAGCCUUUAAAACACAAUCAGGAGAUUACCUUACCGACGGCUUGCAGAGUCGAUACAGACACACACACACACACACACACAGAGAGAGAUUCUGAGCUGGCUGCUUUAAAAGCGCCUUCUGUAAUCAAUGGUGCUGGAAAAGAAAUCUGUAAAAAGAGAUCCAGGGUUAACGUUAAGGAUCCACACGGCAAUAGUGCAGCAGAGUGUGGAGCAGAAUGUAUCAUAUGGUAGCCUCAUUGACUCGUCAUAUCUUUAGCUUUAUCUGAUCUCUGAUCAGAAGCGAGAACAUUUUAAAGGACCCCUGCAAAAACGUGUAUCGCACUAAUCUGCUGCAUCUCGCAUACUCAAGGAGCUUUCAUCCAAACCUGCAGUUCAGUGACUUCAGAUCAACAGGACAGGGGAACUUCGAGCCGGCUUGCCCUCUGAAUGUGUUCUGUGAACAUGACGCCGUUCUCCAUUUGACACAGAAAGAUCGGAAAGUGCUUUUUUUCGUUCGUGAUUUGCUUUGUGUACAAUUUUUAUCCGUGAUUGUACGAGUGACUUUGAAUUGUGUAUAAACCUGCUUAGAUCAAAUAAAUGACAGGGUCAUUGUCUGCGCCAAGAAUGUCGCCCUUAUUCUAUUGAGUUAUUUUAACAUUUUUCUCUUUUUUAUCGUGAAAUUUUUUCUGGAUAUAGAAAUUCCAAAAUGACAAACGUCAUAGUAAUGAACUGUGCAAUGAUUUGCAUAUCAGGCUCUUCUUAUUUUGCCUAUUAACGAAGACUGUUUAAAUGACGUGAAACGAUAUCAGGAUGAUAGGAUGUGAUUUAUGAUACUUGUGUUUUAUCCAUGUUUAGUCGUGAUCAUCGUUUCAUUAAUGAUUCCUUCAUAUUCUUGAACUGUCUUGAAAAAUCUUCAGCAGUAGCAGUGCGUUUCAUGUCAUUACAGAAACCUAUGUGAAAUCAUAUUCCUUUAUUUAAUAAAGAAUAUCCAAAAUGUACAACA